UAUAAAAACAUCUAUCCAAUUAAAAGUGUCAAAACCAAACGAUUGGCUUUUCGUUUUGUUUACACACCAAAAACCCAAUAUGCACCGACAAUCUCAUUAUGAGGAUUAUACGUAAGCCUAUCAAUCCUCUUACGUAAGGUAGUCAGUUACCUUUAUUAGCCAGGCAUACAGAAGCCGCUAUUAAAAUAUUUGAAGUCAUCCAUCAACCAACGCCAUUGAAAUCAAUCCUCCACAAUAUCAAUUACUCGUGAACGUAACUGCACGCAAAAUACAAGUGAUCCAUGAGGGGUAGGGGGGGAUAUUAAGGUCAAGUUUGGGAAGAAGGGGAAGAAAAAGAUGGAAACAGGGGACGGGGGCAAGAAAUUCAGAAACAAGAAUUGGACGGCAUUGUGAUUGGGGCGGGUCUUCCUAUUUUCGAACACUGAUCGGUGGCUAUGAAGAUGGAAGAUAAAGAAGAUGAACCUUGGACAAGAUCGACAGGUCUCGAUGAAAAAUUGAAAGAUUUGUCCUCAGAGAAUUUAUGUCUGAUAUCGGAAUGGAGGCCAGCACCCAAAGGAGAAGGGUAUCUAAACCUCUUAUUGAAAAACGCAGAAGAGCCAGAAUCAACAGGUCCUUAUCGCAAUUGGUGGAAAUGGUUGCAAAACCCCAUAAAGCUCCACAACAAACAAGAGCUGCAAGGUUUGAAAAAGCGUAUAUUCUGGAAAUGACUGUGGAUUACGUACGGAAGCUUCGAGAUUUAAGUGCAUCUUCAAGUCAUAAUCCUGACUAUUUAGAAGAGGAUGCUUUUCAAGUCGGCUACCGGUUGUGCAUGUCAGAAGUCAAAAAAUUCAUCGAGGAAAGAUUUCAGGACAGGAUAAGAGAAUUUCCAACUGCCUCCCUCCAAAUGCAUCUGGACAAUAUUCUUAACUCCUCCGCCAACAACGCGACUCCAAGUCUUUCACAAGAAGACAUCGACACCACAUCUCUUCAAGGCAAAUCUAGAUUUCGAGGUUAUAGACUCAAUAAAAGAAAUACCUGUGCAAAAAGUCUGAGCGAGAUUACAAUGCAUUCUAAUUUAGAAUCAGAUAGACUAAUGAAACGGGAUUCUCCUUUCGCUUCACCUCUAUCAGCGGAAGAUGAAAGUGCUUCUUGUUUUUCUGAGUCGGAUAGCAGCAGCGAGGAAGGAAAAAUGUUACAUUAUAAUAAAAUGGAUUCUAAUUAUGGACGAGCCAGUAGAUAUGUUCAUAAUGCAGGCGUUCUAUUAGAGGAGAACACUGUUUGGAGGCCUUGGUAAUCAUACUUGCUUUUGUAGUGCUCAUUACUACUAAAAGCAUUCUAUGUUGGUAUAUUUGCAGCAAUACUGCUGGCAAAAUAGCUAACUGUUAAAACAGAAAUGUUGAAUUCUGUUUAAAAUUUUAAAAAAAAUAUCAAACACUUUGUUGAGCUCAUUUUUGCUCUUACUUAAUAAGAACAGAUUUGUAAACAUCAAAUUUUAUAAACAUCUAUUCAACACAAAUGACUGUUCACUCAACAUGUAAAUACUUGGAUAAAGAAUUUGGCUUUUUUGUAGGUUGAACAGCUCUGUUAAUAUCUGACUUUAUGACGUCAUCCAUUCAACACAAAUUACUGUUCAAACUACAGGGUAAAUACUUUGAUAAAGAGUUUGAUUCCUUCAUAAGCUGAACAGUUUAUGUUAAUAUCUGGCUUUAUGAAAACAUCGAUUCAACACAAAUGACUGUUCAAACAACAUGUAAAUACUUGGAUAAAGAGUUUCGCUUUUUUGUAGGUUAAACAGCUCUGAUAAUAUCUGGCUUUAUGACGUCAUCCAUUCAACACAAAUGACUGUUCAAACUACAGGGUAAAUACUUUGAUAAAGAGU